CCUCGCCCUAGGCUUUUGCUUGUCGCCCCAAGAUGGCGGACACAAUGAGCAGGCGUCGCUCCUGUUGGCCCUGAGGCGACUGUGAGGAGAAUCGGUCGGCAAGGCCUAACAGUCAGGCACAAGAACGUUGCACAAGCUGUAGAAGGGAGAGAAGCAGGCGGCUCGAUUGUCGGUCACCUUCCAGCUCGUCGCCGGCGCGGCGCCCGCCCCGCCCGGGUCGGCCCCUCGGCAGCCCGCCCGUUCGCCCGCCCGCUUGCCGCGGGGCCCCGCCCCAGCCCUGCUCCGCCGCCGCUGCUUCCAGCCGCUGCCGCCAUGAAGCUGACCGACAGCGUGCUGCGGAGCUUCCGCGUGGCCAAGGUGUUCCGCGAGAACUCGGACAAGAUUAACUGCUUCGACUUCAGCCCGAACGGCGAGACGGUCAUCUCGAGCAGCGACGACGACUCCAUCGUGCUCUAUGAUUGCCAGGAGGGCAAACCAAAGAGAACCCUGUACAGUAAGAAAUAUGGCGUGGACCUCAUCAGAUACACUCAUGCAGCAAACACAGUUGUUUACAGCUCUAACAAAAUAGACGAUACUAUUCGUUACCUGUCCUUGCAUGACAACAAAUACAUCAGAUAUUUUCCUGGACAUAGCAAAAGGGUGGUGGCCUUGUCCAUGUCACCUGUGGAUGACACUUUCAUUUCUGGGUCCCUUGAUAAGACGAUUCGACUCUGGGAUCUCCGGUCUCCUAAUUGCCAGGGCCUCAUGCAUCUACAGGGCAAGCCAGUUUGUUCUUUUGAUCCAGAAGGGUUAAUUUUUGCUGCAGGUGUCAAUUCUGAAAUGGUCAAACUUUAUGAUCUUCGCUCUUUUGAUAAGGGGCCGUUUGCGACCUUUAAGAUGCAGUAUGAUCGGACUUGUGAGUGGACAGGACUUAAGUUCAGCAAUGAUGGCAAACUCAUCCUCAUCUCCACCAACGGCAGCUUUAUCCGGCUCAUUGAUGCAUUUAAAGGAGUGGUGAUGCACACGUUUGGGGGUUAUGCCAAUAGCAAAGCUGUCACACUGGAGGCCUCAUUUACUCCAGACUCCCAGUUUAUUAUGAUUGGUUCAGAGGAUGGCAAGAUCCAUGUCUGGAAUGGAGAGAGCGGUAUAAAAGUAGCUGUGUUGGAUGGCAAACACACAGGCCCCAUUACCUGUUUGCAGUUCAACCCCAAGUUCAUGACCUUUGCCAGUGCGUGUUCCAACAUGGCCUUCUGGUUGCCCACCAUUGAUGACUGACCCGGAUGCUACUUGGCUGUUUCUGUACAGUGAGGGUGGCCAGCAGGAAAGAACUCAGAGGGGACUGAGAUGGCAGUGGGAUUGGAUCAUUUGAUUGGGCUGGAGAGCAGCCUUCCACAUGGCCCUCCCAAGGAUGUGCUGUACAUCUGCUCAAAAGAAAAAAAUUACUUUGCUGAGCUUCUUCAAAAGGACUCUUGGUGCAGCAGAUUCAAUUGGGACUCAGAUUUUCCAGCUGUCACUGCACUGAGCUCCUCCAGAGGAGUGACCGGACUCAUGAUUAGGUAUAGUGGGGCCCUUCAGACGCCUUCAGUUUUGAAUGUAUUUGCUGCUGAGGAGCCGGUGAAGUUGUCAAUUCUGCACAUCCCUUCUCCCAACCCCACAAAUGCAUGGGAAGCCACAGUUCUGGUUUUGAGAUGCUAGGGCAGCUCAGUGUCCCUUGCCCUCACCCUGCAUGUCUUAUUACUGGGUCUCCCUGUGUCAUUGUGGUAUAAUCCACAACCAUCAUGUUAAUUAGGUGCCAAACAUUUACAAAAAUAUGUCUUCAUAUAUCUUGGGGUCAGAAAGGGACAGAUACAGAAUGACCUUGCUUGUCAGGAAGCCUUGCAAAGUUAGUUGUUUGAGGCCCUAGGUGCUGGGUGGGAAAAGGUCCAAGAGCCUGAAAGGAAGAGAGGUAGCAGGUGAGUUCCUAGGGCUAGAUUUGGCAGCAGCCUGGUGUGGUCCCUAGUCAUCAAGACAAACCCUUCGUCCUCCUGGGUGCUUACCCAGCUUGGUUGUGUACAAAAGCAAAGUGGGAGUCUAUUUUUGUACAUGAGAUACAUCACACUUUCCUGUGGGCCAGUAUUGUGGAGUAAGUCUGAGUUGUUUACACUGAUGCCUUCCCUGCCCACCACAAAUUAUGUACAUAGUCUCAUAAUACCACCCCUUCCCCAGCUCCCAGCCAUGAGCUGGCUGUAGGCCUGUGUUAUAUGUUAUAUUUAGCCUUUUUAUAUAUGAACUGGGAUUUCUGUUGUUUGUAUUUUAGCACAGUGUGUAUACCUUCAUUUAAAUAUAUCUGUGUGUGCAUACAUACAUAUGUAUAUGUAUAUGUAUGUAUGCAUAUAUAUAAAAUACCUGUUGUUUCUCAGAGUUCAGCCGAAGGACACGGAGUCCCACAGCCUGGGGGAAAGACUGCAUCCUUGCUAAUAGUGUUUGCCACAAGUGUUAGUGAGUCUUCCCUAUUCCAUUUUUCCCUUCAGAAGAUUGAAUGAAGCAAAGCUUCACGUGUUUGUUGUUCCCAUGGCAGCUAAGUGAGGGUCUUGGGAUGACUCCCUUGUGUUCCUCAAGCGCACUUUGGGGCCCUCUGCAGUAUUAGCCCCCCUUUUUGCCUGGUGAUGGCUCUGUCUGCGCCUAUAUAUGUGUGACAGUCACUUUUGCAUGCCUUUUGUGUCUGGCUUGCAGUAUUUGGGGACAGGAUGCUGAAAACAGGGCAUUUUCAGUUUGUCUGAGGCUUCUUUACCAAUUACAGGUCACUCCUGUUUACCUGGUAUGUCUGCCUUCUUGUUUCUUUUCCUUGCCUUCUCUUGGGAGAGGGAGGGGUCCUGAUCAGGGUUGAGAUGAGCUGCUGCUGGCUCAUGGCCUCUUCCUCCCCUGCAUGGCCUUCUUAGAGCAGGAUGAAUGGCAUGCUAUUUCACUGAAUUCCCAAACAUUUUAGCAGGUAACAUUCUCUGCAGAUCCAGUAACUGACUCAAGGUUAUGACUUGCUCAAGAGUACGUAGCUGCUGGGGGGUAAGCAAGCCAUUAUUGCCGCUGUUCAGCAGCAGUAAUAGGCUGUGAAUUGCUAGCAGUUACUGUUUUGUUUCCGUUGUUUUUAGCAAUUAUUUUUUGACUUGUUCCUCAAACUUGAAGGAUAAGGGGCACGGAUCUCUUCCAAACGUUGACUAGAAUCUGCAGCUUCUGCAGUGCCACCCACUGUAUAGCUUUGCCAUGUCAGAGUGGAGGGACUUAGAAGCCAAAUGAUCUGAACUGUUACUGCCCACUCCUGGCUUUCCAGGGUAGAAAAUUUAUGGGCGGAAUAACUUCAGAGAGUGCUCAGAACUAGGUUAACAAGAGGCUGCAUAAUUAACACAUCUCUAACCAGAGCAGCCACCAAGCAUGACUUGCCUGUCCGCAGGAAAAUAACUUGUAUUGAGCUGUGUGUCCAAAGCUGAGGUACCAUGUUCUUUGAAAAUAUGCACUGCAUGGCCUCUAUUUUUGGGGACCUAUGGCUGCAGAGCUGGCUCCUGAGGUGGGAAGGAAAGCGAAAAGAUGCAGCUGGAAGUGACUGGAGAAGAUGUGGUGGUGGGAAUCAGACAGAAUAAAGGGAAAAAGGAGGCUGUGGGCCAGAGAGGCUGAGGGCUGGGGCUGCGAGCAUGCUCACAGUGGAAACAGGUGCUUGCUCAUGGGGGAGGGGCUGCUCACCAUGCUCUCAAGAGUCAGGGCCAAAGCCACCAAUUUGUAGGACAGUAACACUGCACCACUCAACCACCAGCCAAUGGGGUAUUUUUUUUAGAAAAAACUUCCCUGUUGAAAUUUAAAUUUAAUUAAGGAAAAUCUGGUAAUUUUUAAAAGACUCAGUUUGCCACCCAAAUGCUACCACUGUUAAUCUUUUGGUGUUAAAUGUUCCUCUAGACAUUUCUGUGUGUAGAUUUUUGGUGUUUACAUAGUUGUUAUUCUACUGUAUAUACAAUUUUAUGUCCCUUUUGUACUUAACAUAUAAACAUUUUUUCCAUGUUA